AUGGCGGGAAACAAUAUACCAGAAGACAUUAUAGUUGAAAUCCUCUCUAAGCUACCUGUCAAAUCCCUGCUCCGAUUCCGAUGUGUUUCAAAACGCUGGUGUUCAAUAGUGUCUGAUCCUCAGUUCGCCAAGCUCCAGUUUAAAGUAGCUUGUGAGCAGAAAACUCUGAAUCACAGACUCCUCUUUACCCGCAACGACUCUGAAUUUGAAUCCUUAGACUUGGAGACGCCGUGGAAUGGAGACAAGCCUUCAAUUAGAAAGCUUACCGCUGCAUUAGAGUUUGCGGAAUGGAGCAGACUUCAUGCAGAGGUACUAGGCUCUUGCAAUGGUUUGGUAUCUGUGGCAACUCCUAACAUUUGGGACCCAUCAACUGGUGUUAUUCAAUGUUACAUUUGGAACCCAUCGACUGGAUUCUCGCAUACACUACCCGUCCAGGUUUAA